AUGAUCAUUAUCUUGUUGUUUUGCUUGUGUAUUGCAAACAAAAACUAUGAAGUAUAUGGAUCAAUUCCAUAUUUAUCCAAAAAUGAAGAUUUGCAAUUGGAGAAGCAUUUGGAAAUCAUCAACAAACCUCCUAUCAAAACUAUUCAUACUGAAUUUGGAAGAAUUGUCGAUUGUAUUGAUAUUAAUAAGCAAUUAGCUUUUGAUCAUCCUUUACUAAAGAAUCAUAAGAUACAGCUGAAAUCGAGUUUUCAAGAUGCACAUACAAACGUAAAGACACAUGAUAUAUCAGGAAGAUAUUUAAAAAUUGGACUUGAUAAAGAUUCAUGUCCUGAAGGAACAAUUCCUGUUCAAAGAACAACAAAAGAAGAUCUCAUUCGUUCAAAACGGCUAUCAAAUAAUUUUGGAACCCUAACUCAGUUUGACACUGGCAGUCAUUUUGCAGGAUUGCGUUUCAAUAUAUCUACAACCUUGUUCGGAAUUGCAGGAUCUAUUUCUGUAUAUAAUCCACCUAUUGAGACUGGUGAAAUGAGUUCAGCUUAUAUAUGGCUUUCUAGUGGAGAAACCGAUACUCCCGUAAAUGACCAUAUGUAUAUCCAUGCAGGAUGGCAGCAAAAUAGCAUCGAAGGUACAGGCUGCACCAAUUCGCUAUGUCCUGGUUUUGUGCAAACUAGCACAAAAAUUUAUAUUGGUUCACCCUUCAGUAAUGUAUCUUCUGUUGGUGGGCCACAAUUUUCUAUGCUCCUCUACCUUGCACAGGAUCCAAACACUAAGAACUGGUGGCUAAGAGCACAAGAUAUGGAUGUUGGAUAUUUUCCAGCAACAUUAUUUUCCAAUAAACUAGAUCAUGCAAGUAAAGGUGGUUGGACAGGUCAAACACAGAUUUUUGGUGAUGGCCCUAGUCCUCCAAUGGGUUCUGGACAGUUUGCUGGUGCAAAUAUUCUAACUUCAUGUUAUAUUUCAAAUCUUUAUAUUAAGGAUAGUCAAAGAAAUGAUCGUGCCCCACAUGCCGAUGAAGUUCACGUGUAUUUUGAUAAACCUCUUUGUUAUGAUGCAAAUUACGUUGAUAAUUUACGUGAUGAUUUGCAACGUGUUGUGUUGUUUGGUGGACCUGGUGGAUUCUGUGGUCUUUAA